GAAGAAUUUCUUAGUGCGGGACGAGCCUCUGGGCCGGACGCAGCCAUUUACCCGUGCGUGUGGCGUACUGUAAUAGUUGAUGGUUGCAGGCCGAUUGGGAAAGAAUCUGAUGAAGACUACUGGCGUGUGUGUGUGUUUGGGGGAGGGGGGUGUAAUGCGCUAUCUUGUGAAUCGUUUCUAUCGUUACGGAUGUAAACUUUCCGUGCGGCUAACGUAAGAAGUGAUUUUUUGAAUUGAGUGGAUUUUCUUUUUUGUACGCAUUUUCUCCGGUGUGUAUUGUAUCGUCGGUGGUGGGCUAAACAACAGGAACACGUACUACUACCACCACUACGACGUUCCUAUUCGUCGACUCGAGAGGCAGAAAAGAUAAAGCGGGCUAAAAAUAAUCCACAUUGCCGGAAUAGUAUCGACCCCCUCUUGUCCUCUUUGUGCCUGCGACGAGGGACGAGGAAUAUCAAAAGACAAUUGGAUGUUUAAACUCAAAGUCACAGAUUCGGGGUCGACCCUGAUGCCGUGCAUUAAAUAAGUCUUGGUCAACAACAUCCCGUCUGCUCAUUUCACGUUUUCGAUAGUGACGCUACGUUUGAAACGAACCGGACUCUAGUCGCCGGAUCGUCUUUCAAUCGGUUAAACCGAACUGAGAGAGCUGGAUUUAUGCGGCUGGAAUCUGUGGGCGCGUGAUGAAGUUACGUCACCAUCGCCGCCAUCAUCAUCAACAUCAUGGAACCAGAAUCGCGAUACAUUGUACAGGUGUUUGUGGGUGCCUUGUCACCCGAAUUCGAGGCGCUUUCCAUCGAAGCCCUCAAAGGUACGACGGCCGACGAGAUGGUGUGCUGCAUCGUCGACAAGUUGCAGCUUCCCUUGCCCGUCGAGUCUUAUGAGCUGGCCGAAGUGGUGGGCAAUGCCAUCGGCCAGGAAUGCAAGGAAAGGAGACUGGCAUCUCAGGAACUGCCUGUCGCCCUUAUGCUUCUCUGGCCAAAAGUGUCGUCGCCCGCCCAGGAGACAGCCUCCGCUCUGGCCGCUUUGGCUGCCCACCGAAAGCUUCUGCAGCGCUCCGUGUCCAGGACGAGUGAAACCCGUCCAAUCGAAAGAGCCGAUGCGGAUGAAUCGCAACAGUCGGAAUAUCGAUUUUACCUGCGCGAGAAACUCAACGACACGCUCUGGUCGGAAGCGCUCAACGCGGACCCUCAAGUGAUCCGAGACUACUUUUAUCGCUUCUUGUACCAGCCGCGGGAUCGUGAAUACCCCGACCUGUGCCAGUUGCCCGACUUGAACGAAGAGACUUUGAUGGACAACCUUCGCGCCCGUUUUCAGGCCGGCCACAUCUACACCUAUGUCGGGUCGAUCCUCAUCGCCGUCAAUCCCUUCAAGUUUUACCCUAUUUACAAUCCGAAAUACGUCAAAUUGUAUCAAAAUCGCCGACUCGGCGAGUUGCCACCCCACAUCUUUGCCGUCGCCGACGCCGCGUACAACGCCAUGAUGCGCGAUCGAAAACCCCAAUGCAUCGUCAUCAGCGGUGAAUCCGGUUCGGGCAAAACGGAGUCGACCAACUUCCUGCUUCAUCACUUGACGGCGUUAUCGCAAAAGGGAAGCCAAGGUUGUGGCGUAGAACAGACCAUAUUGAGUGCCGGUCCCGUCCUUGAAGCUUUUGGCAACGCCAAGACAUCGCACAACAACAACUCGAGCCGCUUCGGCAAGUUUAUCCAAGUCAACUAUCGCGAGAAUGGACAAGUUCACGGGGCGCUCGUGCAAAAGUAUUUGCUGGAAAAGACAAGAAUUUGCUUUCAAGCGAAAAAUGAGAGAAAUUACCACGUCUUUUAUCACUUGCUUGUCGGGUCGUCUGCACAGGAAAAACAGGCUCUUCAUUUACUACCCCCCGAAGCUUAUAGAUACUUGAAUCAGAGCGAUUACCAUAAUCUGGAUGAAGGCGAUGAGUGUUACGAGUUGUCACGACUCAAGCAAUCGAUGGAGUUUGUGGGAUUCUGUACCGAAACCCAACGGCGAAUUUUCGCAGUCUUAUCGGCCGUCCUUCACAUUGGCAAUCUCGAGUUCCAGCCAAAGAAAUCGACCUACAAUCACGAUGAGUCUGUGACGGUUAAAAACACGGCCGUCGUGGCUACAAUUGCCCAGCUUUUGAGAGUCAAAGAGGAGAUACUGCACCAAGCGCUCAUCUCCAAACGGGCCAGAGCUUCCGGAGAAACGCUCGUCAUCAACUACCGCAUGCCGGAGGCGAUUGCAGCGCGAGACGCAAUGGCAAAGUGCCUUUAUGGCUCGCUGUUUGAUUGGAUCGUUAUGCAAUUGAAUCACGCCCUCCUUGCCAAAAAGGAUGCAGACAAAAUGCAACGUGCCUACUCGAUUGGUGUACUCGACAUUUUCGGUUUCGAAGACUUCGGUCACAUGAAUAGUUUCGAGCAAUUUUGCAUCAACUACGCCAACGAGCAUCUACAGUACUACUUUAACCAGCACGUUUUCAAGUACGAACAGGAAGAAUACAAACGCGAAGGCAUCCACUGGGUCAAUAUCCAGUUUGUUGACAACACGGGCUGUCUACAGCUUUAUGAAUCCAAGCCCAACGGACUUCUUUGCAUACUGGAUGAUCAGUGCAAUUUCCCCGGCGCCACCAACGAGACGCUGUUGCAAAAGUUCAAUUCAGUCAACAAGGAUAACGAAUACUACGAAGUGCCUCAGAAGCGCGAGGCUGCCUUCAUCGUUCGACACUACGCUGGCAAGGUCAAGUACCAGUCAAAUGAAUUCCGCGAGAAGAAUCUAGACCUGAUGAAGGCCGAUAUCGUUGCCGUACUCAAAUCGAGCCAGUAUGCGUUCGUUCGUGAAUUGGUCGGUGGCGAUCCGGUAGCUGUCUUCCGCUGGGCUAUUUUACGCGCCUUUAUUCGGGCUUACUUUGCCUUCAUAGAGUCCGGCAAACGGCAUCGCGAAACACAUGCCUCAGGUCCGGAUAGCUUGACGGGCAAGGGGAAAAUUGGCGAUAGUGGACGCAAAAAUAGAGUAUCCAAAGCACGAAGCCGGCCUUCGAAAAAUUGGCGCAAUUUGGAAACGGUUAAAACGUUAGCCGGCCGGUUAGGCCACAGUAGUUCGUCUUUGAAUUCGUCCGUAAUCGCCAGCGUUUCUUCUUCGCACGAAAGAUUGACCAUUACGCCGUCGGGUUCGACAACAGUCACAAUUUCUUCGGCCAGUAGCCACCAGUCGAUCCGAGGCGAGAGCCUCCUUGUUGUUCACAAAAACGUCAAAAAGGCACAGACGGUCGGUGCACAGUUCCAGCAUUCGCUUCAGAGCCUCAUGGUAGCCCUGAACACGGCCAAUCCGUUCUUUGUCCGUUGCAUCAAGAGCAACCGACUCAAGGGUCCCAACCAAUUCGACGAGGAAAUCGUCCUCCGUCAACUUCGUUACACGGGCAUGCUUGAAACAGUUCGCAUCCGCCAAGCUGGUUUCAACGUUCGUUUAACUUUCGAAGAAUUCAUUCACCAUUACCGAAUCCUGUUACCUCGGGGAUUGUUGAGUUCGCAAUCGGAUGUGCACGAUUUCUUGUGUCGGAUGAAUCUCAAUCCGGAACACUAUCAGAUCGGCCAUCAAAAGAUCUUUUUGCGCGAGUCGGAGAAAGCCAAACUCGAUUACCGAUUGCAUCAAGCCAUUUUGGCCAGUAUUGUCACCAUUCAGCGGUGGUUCCGCACUUGUCUGGAACGGCGUAAUUUCCUUUCCCUUCGCAGGGCCGUUGUCCGCAUCCAGUCGUAUGUUCGUAUGAUCAACGCACAACGUCAUGUCAUGAACUUGCGCGUUCGUCACAUGGCCGCCACUUUCAUCCAGAAAGUCUGGCGCGGAUAUCGAGUCCGGCAUUGGUACACGAAUCUCCGCUGUUCAGUCGUAAGUUUCCAAUGUCGGGCAAGAGGCAAUCUGGCUCGAAGGCGAUUCGAACAAAUGAAACAGCAGGGAGACGCCCAUUCCGGCAAGAGCACCGACGAAGCUUUUCUAUCCAAAGGAUCGUCGCAGGAAGAGCUGGAUAAAGAAACAAAAGAUCUUAUCGAACAACUCAGUUCGGAGGAGAGUAGCGGUAUACAGGAGGAUAGCGAGUCGGAACUGAUUUAUGCUGAGCUUGCGUCGGGAAUAUUGUCCUGCGCGCUGAAUUUCCCGCUCCAGUCGAUGGACGAAAAGCGAGAUGAUCUCAAAUCGAAAAAAGGUAAACCAUCCAUAGUCACGGCGGCAGCCAACGUGGCCGGAGUGGCUGGAUCAGUCGGCCAUUCGCCUCGUAUCGGUUCCAUCGAAGAACUGCUCCGUGGCUCUGGCGAAAGUGGCCGCACUGAAAAAAGCAGCGCCCUGCACAAAGCCAAAAAACAUUUGAAGACGCUGAUGGGCGGUGGCGCCAAACGGGAGAAGAGCGAUUCACUCCGCCAAAUGGCCGUUCAGGGUAGCGAAGAUCGCGACAGCGACUCUGAAAGUACAUUGGUCUCAGCGUCGCGAUCCACGUCGACACUCAACUCCGCCUCUGAUCUAGAGUACGACAUGAGGUAUGCGAGGGAACGCGAAGCGAGACGUGAAGAGCGGCGCAGGAUAAUCGCAGAAAGGCUGGCCAUCCGAAGCCGGGCCAACAGCAUUUCAGAUGAAUCCCAUUCGCCCACGUGCCCCAAUCCGGUGCUAUGUCGACGUUACAGUCGCGAUAUCGAAGCGGCCUCAUCGUCCAUUUACGGCUACGGUCACUCACAUGGUCACCUACACCAAAGUCAUUGCUGGACCUACAGUCACGCCGUUACCAGCCAUUUACCAAUAGCAAGGCGAGGCAGCAAAGAUGGCGGCCGAAGUGUCAGUGUGGACGGCUCUUGGAGAGGCAGUCGGGACAGUCUGCGUGAAAGAGCAGUGGGAACAGCUGCCGGAAUGACAGCAUCUCCUCUGGCAAGACGUCAAGAUAGGGACUCUAGCCAAGCAUCAGUGGCUGUGUCGGUGACGUCUUCCAACUCCUCGUCUACGGCUACUGUCCGUUCCAGUUUGAGUCAAGUCCACAAGCUGACACGGAUGAGUAAGCUAGCCAAGAACGAGGCGUGUUCACUCUGUUCCAAGACCAUGAGCUCCUUCUUCACCCACGGCUACAAAUGCACGUCGUGUCACUUGGUGUUUCACGCUAAAUGCGUCCAGCAAGGCAUGACAUCGUCGCAGGCCUUGCCACCCACAGUCCUUGAAUGCGCCCGUCCUUCGGCAAGUCCGACCCAUCCGGAUCCGGAUCCUGUCCAGAAGGGCCGCAAAGGAAGCCGUGAAACGGUGGACAGCUCUGCGGGUGUCAUUCCUUCGGCUGGCAACGAGAGUAGCAAAUGGAAUUUGACGGGCACGAGUGAAUUUACCGAUUCGACCCAAGAAGUGGUUAACGGCGGCCAACAGUUACACAGGCUGGACGAAUUUAUCGGCCGCAAAAUUCAGAACCUGGUGGACGACACGCGAGGCGACGCUGACCGCGUCUUCCUCUCGGCAUUGCGGGAACUGAGAGGUUCGCUUAUAUCGGCUUAUGGAGUUGCCUCUUGCCACGGUGGAGAAGAGGAAAAUCCGGCUAUUCGAUUAACGUACCGCGACCUCAUUGCCAAUUUUAGCAAAAUUGUCGAGUCGGUGUCGCGUGACGACACGAAAUUCCCCAAAACGCUGGUGGUUAAUGCGUUUCGCGGCUAUCUCAAUGAAUUUGUAGUUCAACAGAGGACUGACGAUAAGGAAAACAGAGCCAAAGGUGGCAAAAGGAGAAAGGAACGGUGGAAGAAACCGACGACCGACAAGAAUCAACGGGGCAGAGAGACGAAACGGGCCAAGGCUCAGGACGAUGGAUUGCUUCGAUACAUGGGCCAUGAAUUCACCACGCUUAACAGCGUCAUUACCAUCCCGACGGCCUGCGAAGUCUGCUCCUCGUUCACGUGGCUAAAGGAGAAAGGACUGGUGUGUCAGAGCUGCAAAUUCACGUGUCACAAGAAAUGUUACACCCGAAUCACCACGGCGUGUACGGCGUCAGCAGCCACACCUUCGGCUGGAGCCGGUUCCAGUGGAGCUUCAUCAAUGUCGGCAACCAUCAGCAUGUCGGGCUUGCCCAACCCAUCGACCGAGUCGCCUGGAAGCCUUUUCGGCGUCACUCUGGACAAAUUGGUUGCGUCUAGUGGCGCCGCCAGCGGCUCUCAGCAGCGUCUUCCGCCCAUCAUCGAGAGGCUCAUCUCCACCAUUGAACUGGUCGGCUUGUACACGGAAGGGCUGUACCGCAAAUCGGGCGUUUCGUCCCGGGUCCAGCAACUCAAAAAACUGUUGGAAGAGGAAUGCGCUUCCAGCAAAGAAGGGGCGGCCAGCAUAGUCGAUUUGCAAGAGCAACCCAUUCACGUCCUGACGGCCGUCCUCAAAGCCUUUCUGCGCGAAUUGCCGCAGCCGUUGUUGACCUACGAGCGUUACGACGACUUUCUACGCGCCGCCGACAUCGUUGACACUAAAGAACGCAUCUCUUCGUUGAUGGCACUCGUUCAAGAGCUGCCUCCGCAUCAUUUCGAUUUGCUGGAGCGGCUCGUUUUCCAUUUGACUCGGGUAGCCCUGAACGAGAAGUCGAACCGGAUGGGCCCCAACGCGCUAUCCAUCGUCUUCGCGCCGUGCAUCCUGCGCACGUCCAAGAUCCAGCAAGCGCAGGACUCGCUGUCGAAUGUCAGCAAGCAAACGUCAGUGGUGGAGACGAUCUUGACGGAACAGUUGCGCCGCGUCACCGAAACUCUGGCAGACAUUGACUCGCUCGAUUCCGUCUGCCUCGCUUACGUCGCCCGUCUCGGCACGUUGCGCUCGUCCAAAAUGUUCCCGUCGUCCACUGGCGUCGGAACGUGGGUGUUGCCCCAGUCGGACCCCUCAACGCCCGACGGUGCGGCUGCCGUAGCCAAAAAUCAGCACCAACGCAUCUUCCCGACCGUUUCGGCUCCGGCCUCUUCGUCCUCCUCUUCGCUGUCGUCUCUCUCGGCCCGAGACCACGUCACCGAAGAGCGCCUAAUCCAGCAGCAUUUGGAAGAGUUGCGCGAAGAGAAGGCCGCUCUGGCCGCUACGUUGCCGUCGCUCGCUCGCACCCCUAGCGACGACGAUCUUCUGUCCACAGACGGCGAUUUGGACGAUCAGGACAGUCCCAUCGGUGGCAGCGUCGAUGACCUUCCGGCCAGCAGUCAAUCACGCUCUGAUUCGCGACCAAAAGUCUUGCCAGUGUCCGGUUGUCUAUCCGUGUCCACCUCAUCCUCCUCCUCCACCUACUCAUCCUCCUCAUGUCCCAUCAAAACGGCCGCGCCAACUGAAUCAGCGCCACCACUAGCAGCAGCACCACCUGCGGCGCCGACGGCCAAUGACGAGGACGGCGCCGCUUCGUCCAUUGCCGCCAGACGGCGUUUCGACGCCAACAAAGUCGUCAUCACGAUUGGCGGUGAGCGGUCGGCCAAAGACGUGCCGCCGCUGCCGCCCAUCGCAAAGCAGCCGCUCACUCCCGACUGGGAGAAACGAUUGACGGCCGGCCGGAAGGCCAUCGAAGAGCAAGCCAGGUUGAUGCAACUGCCGCAGCCGCAUUCAAUGAAUUUAACGACCACGGUCGUGCCCGUCGUGCCCGAACAGCCGAGCCCGGCGUUGGUGAUUGUGGACGGCCGGCUGCCGCCCGUUCGCAAAAGCAAUUUACAGCGAUCGAAAAUCGUUCAAACGCUGUCCAUCCCGGCAGUUGAUUUACCGUCGACCGGUGGCAGCGCCGCAAGCGAUCCCCACCAAGGCCAGCCGAAAAGGAUCACGGCUCUGAAAGCACUUCAACGGCUCAAGUCGACGCUUUCUAGCCCGGCGCUAGUGGUCGAUCCAACAGUCGAGUCGAUCCAGCCGCAACGUCGGCACGAUUUGUUCAAUGGCGGCAAUCCAUUACUGGCCAACGGUAAAAGUGGCGCUGCUAUCAAGAAGAGCCUUGGUCGUCGACUGUCUGGCGCCCGUGUCGACGUCGACCCCCAGACUGACGGCAGCGUCAUGUCCAGUUACCAACCGCUGGAAGUCGAUCUUGACGAUGACGCCAUUAUGGUUUGAAAGAAAAAAAAUGAAAAAGAAAAAGAAAAAAGAAAAGGGAGAAGAAGAAAAAUGGUGAGGUCGUUUCAUUCCCUGUUUGAUUUCGUGUGAUUAUUCGUCCCAUUUCAAAACAAAACAAACAAAAAAAAUGGAAGAAAAAAAAAAGGAAAGUCGAGGCCAAAAAGAAGAAAACAUCCGACGUUAUUAUGCAGCGUGCAAUACUCUCUACGUCUAUCUCUUUAUACCAUCUGAAAGUCUUAUAAUCGUACAUCGCUGUCUACUUAAUCGUACGAAAAAACCUUAUCGUAUUACGGUUUCCUCUAGCGAGUGAAAUGAAACCAAAAAAAUUACUCGUUUUUGUUUAAGGGAAGGCCCGUUUACCGUCACGUUCCUAUUUCUGUUAUUCGCUACCAUUUUUUAAACAUUAAUUUAUUAUUAGUUUUCUUUUUCUUUUUUUAAAAUAUGCAAUUCAAGAGAAAAAUCGCCUUUUUUUUUUUUUGCCUUUUUCUGUCGUUUUUCUUUCAUCUGUCUCUACAUAAUAAUUAACUAUACGUAUAUACAAAUGAAAUAAUUUCAUUUUUUUUUUUGUGCUGUGUUUGUGGGGUGCCUUUGCUCAGUGCCAUGUUACUCGCUGUUGCUCUCUACCUAUAUAUCUCUCGUGUCUCCCUGUCGAGAAAGAAUCCUCUCACCUGUUUUGGAUUAUUGUAUUAUUGCGUGAUGACGGGCAGGAGAGAAUUUUGUCUUCCUUGAAACAAAAAUACGGCACUACCUAAUUGAGACGUUGCCGUUUUUGUUUUUUUUUUCUUUAUUAUUAUUUCUUUAUUUUUUUUUGCGCUUAUUCAAUGUGUGACGUGAAUGCGUGGACUAGAAAGGGUUUCAAUCGAUCUUGUACGAGAUUUUUUUGCCACAUAUUGACAUAAAAAUUAGCCACGUCGUCAUCCGCAAACAAAUGGAGAGAACUAAAUGGAUUAAAAAAAAACGAGAUUAAAAAUUUGAACGAACAAAAAAAAUUUUGAAACAGGAAAACAAAAACAAAAAAAAAAAGAAGAAACUCAUUUACACACAUAUGUAACACACGCAAUGUCAUGUCAAAUUCGAUUGUAUUUUUGUUUGUUUUUUUCUAUUUAAACUACCGUGUUUAUUUUUCUUCCUUUCUUUGUUUAUGUAUUUUCAAGGAGAAAGCAAAACCAAGUCUGUCGUUUCUGUUGUGUCACAAAGUAUGCUCGCCUCUCUACUUAUCCGCCCUCCUUGCAAAAUGAUUUCGAUUCAGUAUGUCUCUUGAUCUGUUCAUUCAAAAUUGAUAAUUUUACAACCGAGUGCCUUUCAAUAAUAAUUCAAAGACUAUAUACAUUAAUUACAUAUUC